AUGGCAGAUACCCCAAGAAACCGCGCUCCUUCGACACGGAGGGCGUCAACAGAUCCAGUGGGAGGCCAUGCCGAUAUGAACAAUCGAGAAUCGACUGAAGGGGAGCAACCUAGGGUACGAUUCUCCCAUGAUGUGGAUAGAGCUGUCCUUUCGUCUGGACAGCUACGCAACCACGGAUUGUCAAUUGAUACGGGAGUUGAGGACGCAAACAAUGGGGGAACUAUAUCAACUGGACUGCACGCCCCUCGGGGACAACCUGCGACAUCAGUCAAAUCGCCGGCAUCACCACGGACAAGAGACAGAGGCUACUCCCUGCGGCGAGCAUUAUUCAACCGAAGUAUGACUACGCAGUCAGAAUCGAGUCCCGUCGAGCUUGUUGAAGGCAGUUCAUCUCGACAACCUCAGGAAAGCGGGCAAGUCCAUGAAGCAAGCAAAACAAAACAAGUCCCAACCGCCUCUGUCUCCCCAGUUUUCGACAGUCUCCACGAUGUGACAGCGAUUUCGUCAACGGACACAAGCACUACGCCCAAAUAUACGAAAGGAAGAGGCCAGAAAACUUUCGGAGCAAUCAGCUUGCCAAAUUAUAGCUCCUGGGCCAGGAAGAGAAGACCUCAAGACCAUGUUCUUGUUCGAAGGGCUAAGGAACUGUAUACAGAAAACAUCAAGCCACUGUUCGAGCCCAAACCGCUGCCACCUUCCAAAGAUGGCAGACACAUCGAACUAGAUGCUAGCAGGAAAGUACCACUUAUUGAUGAGCGGACUGGGCAUGAGUACAUUGGAAACUCGAUUAGAAGUAGUCGCUACACUCUGUGGAAUUUCUUUCCGAGACAAUUCUUUUUCCAGUUUUCCAAAUUGGCAAACGCAUAUUUCUUGCUUAUUUCGAUCUUGCAAAUGAUACCGGGAUUGAGCACCACGGGUAAUUAUACGACAAUCGCUCCAUUGUUGGUUUUUGUGUUUAUUAGUAUGGCCAAGGAGGGCUACGAUGAUGUUCGAAGAUACAAGUUGGAUAAGAUUGAAAACAAUAAGAAAGCCCUGGUGCUUCACGCUCAUCGUCCGUCAUUAGGGAGCGACUCGAAGUCGCCGAGCACGCCUAGGAAUUGGACAUUGUUUGGAAAGUCCCUCAAAAUUGGUGGUGAUUCUUCGGCCAUCUCCUACGAGCCCAAUUCACAGGGCUUGAAGCACUGGGCAACUUUGAAGUGGAAAGACGUUAAAGUCGGAGACAUUGUCAAAUUGGAGCGAAAUGAUGAGAUACCUGCGGAUAUGGUUCUCCUCCAUUCUAGUGGGCCGAACGGCAUUGCUUACAUUGAGACCAUGGCUUUAGAUGGAGAAACGAAUUUGAAGAGCAAGCAAGGGCCACCUUCUCUUGUUAAGCGCUGCAAGACCGUAGAAGACAUAGGAUCGAUUCGUGCGACCAUUGUGGUUGAGGAUCCGAAUAUUGAUCUUUACAACUUUGACGGCCGUGUUUCGGUAAAUGGCGAGACGACGCCGUUGACCACAAACGAAAUUGUCCUUCGUGGAAGUACACUGAGGAAUACGUCGGAAGCCAUUGGGAUGGUUAUCAACUCUGGAGAAGACUGCAAAAUCCGUAUGAAUGCCAACAAGAACCCUCGAAUCAAAACACCAGCGAUGCAAGUCAUUACAAACAAAAUCGUUAUCAUGCUCGUCUUCUUUGUCGUGCUACUUGCGUUGUUCUGUUCUAUUGCAUAUGAGAUAUGGUCGCAGAACGUCGAAGACGACUCUUGGUAUCUGGAGCACGCAAAGGUCCCGUUCAGUCAAAUUAUUAUUGGCUUCAUCAUUCUUUACAACACCUUGAUACCUUUGUCCUUGUACGUAAGUCUGGAGAUCAUCAAGGUCGGCCAGCUUCUUCUGAUGGCCGACGUUGAGAUGUACGACCCGGAUUCAAACACGCCCAUGAUGUGCAACACGACUACUAUUUUAGAGAAUUUAGGCCAAGUCGAUUACAUAUUUUCGGAUAAAACGGGAACUUUGACAGAUAAUAUUAUGAGAUUCCGAAAGCUCAGUGUUGCCGGGUACGCUUGGCUUCACGAUUUUGACCUCCAGAAAGAAGCAGCCGAGAAGGCAGAGAAAGAAGGAAACCCACCAGACAAGCAGUCUAAGGGCAAGGGUGUGGACAAGCGAUUCUCGAAGAAGAGGCCACACAGGCCGCAGUUGGAUGCACGGAAAAACUCCGAAAUAAGUCAUGCAUCGAAUCCUAUGUCUCCAUCUGGGUCUAUUCGUCGCUCAGGUUCGAUAUGGAAAUCGACAGCUCGUCCUUCAAAGACUCAGCAUGAGUUCAGAACCGAAGAGCUUUUGAGAUAUAUGCAGACCAAACCUCACAGCAUAUUUUCAAAGAAAGCGAGGUUCUUCCUUCUAUCUUUGGCUCUUUGUCACACCUGCUUGCCCGAGGUGCAAGAGAAUGGUGAUGUUGAAUUCCAAGCGGCCUCGCCCGAUGAACUCGCUUUAGUGAAAGCUGCGCAGGAGCUUGGCUUUCUUGUGAUCGAUCGUCCGUCCAUGUCGAUUACACUUAGCUACGCAAGUACUUCUGAUUCUGCGGAAAAUGUCGUUGAAAGCUAUCAAGUCCUCGACGUCAUCGAGUUUACCAGCAAAAGGAAGAGGAUGUCUAUCAUUGUUCGAUUUCCAAAUGGAAAGAUCUGCAUCUUUUGUAAAGGAGCAGACUCUGCUAUCCUACCCAGACUGAAACUAGCAUCACUGGCUAUGGAGAAAGCUUCAGAAGUUGGCCGCCGAUCCAGUGUAAGAAAGAGCCUAGAAGCGGAGGAAGCCCUACGAAGAAUGAGCGAGCAUAGCCCAAGGUCGAGCAUGGGCAGAGCCAGCAUGAGCCUCAACAGGACAAGUUUGAGCCGUAAUCGAAAGAGUUUAGGACAUGGGCGCCCAAGCAUGGCGAGUACAAGGCUUCAACCUAUUCGAGACGAGCUUGAUACGUGGCUCAAGGAACGCGAGAAUAGCGAUGUUGAGCGGACUGCCGAUGAUGCUAGCGCGUAUUAUACACCAAGAGCGUCAACGGGCAGAUUCUCAUUUGCUUCAGAGCGCAGAGGGUCAAACCAGGAUAUCGUGUUUGAUAAUCUCAUUGACGAAGCUUUGGUUUUGGAUGACGCAGCCGUCUUCGAGCGGUGCUUUCAGCAUAUGAACGAUUUUGCGUCAGAAGGUCUACGUACUUUAUUAUUUGGCUACAGGUUUUUGGAUGAGGAGGAAUACACUGGUUGGAAGAAAAUAUAUCUUGACGCAACAACAAGUCUUGUGGACCGCCAGAAUUUAAUCGAAGCAGCAGGAGAAAUGAUUGAGCAGAAUUUUGAUCUUUCAGGAGCAACUGCCAUUGAAGAUAAACUACAGAAGGGAGUUCCGGAGACCAUUGAUAAACUGCGUAGAGCGAACAUCAAGAUUUGGAUGCUGACGGGCGACAAGAGAGAAACUGCCAUCAACAUUGCUCACUCAGCGAGACUAGCCAAAAACUUCUCUGAGGUUAUCAUUUUGGACCAUGCCACUGGAGAAGUCGAACAACGGAUGGCUACUGCUACUCUUGAUAUCAGCAAAGGCCGAAUUGCACACUCAGUUGUUGUAGUUGAUGGACAGACAUUAGCCGAAAUAGAUGCCAACGAAACGCUCAAGCUUUUGUUCUUUGAACUAGCUGUUCUUGCAGAUUCAGUCAUUUGCUGUCGAGCGAGUCCUAGUCAGAAGGCAUCACUUGUCAAGAAAAUUCGUACAAAGGUCAAUAAGUCUAUUACGUUGGCUAUUGGUGAUGGUGCCAACGAUAUUGCCAUGAUCCAGGAAGCUCAUGUUGGUGUCGGUAUCAGUGGAAAAGAAGGUCUUCAAGCCGCCAGAAUCUCCGAUUUCUCCAUUGCACAAUUCAGAUUCUUACAACGACUACUCUUUGUUCACGGUCGGUGGAACUAUGUCCGGACCGCGAAGUAUAUUUUGUCUACCUUCUGGAAAGAACUGGUAUUUUAUCUGCUCCAAGCUUUGUAUCAAAAGUGGACUGGAUACACUGGUACCUCACUCUUUGAAUCAACGUCACUCACAGUAUUCAACACGUUGUUUACAUCCCUCGCGGUCAUCUUACCAGGAAUUUUUGAACAAGAUCUUAAUGCAUCAACACUCCUUGCUGUGCCGGAAUUGUAUACACAUGGUCAACGCAACGAGUCUUUCAAUAUCAAAAAGUACCUUGGUUGGAUGUUUAUGGCUUCUUCGGAGUCGAUGAUCAUUUGGUUUACAAUGUUUGGCUUAUUCGGCGAAUCAAUUUUUACAUCCGAUAACAACCUAUUUUCGAUGGGUCAACUUUGUUUUACUUCUGCAGUGGUAUUCAUCAAUACCAAGACAUUAAUCCUCGAAAUGCACAACAAAACAUGGGUCACAGGAUUUGGCUACUUCAUCUCCGUCGGCGGCUGGUUCAUGUGGAACGUAAUGCUUUCCUUCGCCUGGUCUCCUCACACGGGGAAAACAUUCCCUCUCUACCCGGUCGCCGAUGGUUUCCUCACUCGUUUCGGCCGCAACCUACUUUGGUGGCUUGUAGUUUUCCUCUCUCUCGCCGGCGUAAUUUGUCUCGAGCUAGGCGUUGCAUCAGUCCGCAAAGCGUUCUGGCCAACCGACACCGAUCUCUUCCAAGAACUCCAAAAAGACCCAGUUAUCAGACGACGCUUCGAGGAAACCGUUGCUGCAGAAGCAAGAGGCGAGACGGAAACCGUGGAAAUGGGACAAGAGAAGACGAGUCUGGAACGAGAAGGCGAAAUCCAGGAUCUGCUUGAUGAACGACGCAGAACUGCGGAUGAGCAUGGUGAGACUGUGAAGAGUCCUACAGAACCGAGAAGCUCUACACAUCUUACGAGGAGGAAAUUUUCGGUGGAUGCGUCGAUGCAUGAUGAUGAUAUUGAGUUGGAUCACAGAGCGCCACCCAAGACGAGACAUUCCGUCGAUAUAGCUGAAGUGCUAGGUCGGCGACCUGGAGCUGGCUCGUCUUGA